AGAGAACGACAACACCAAACACAUCCAUGUCAUAAAUCCAUGAAUUUAAGACGUCACACAAAUCUCAACAAACGCCAACAAUAGAAUAGUAAGUGACAACGGGCAACAAAGUAUACAACUCGAUAAUUUAAUAAAAGUCACUUUAACAACAAUAAAAACAACGAACGAUCAACAGAAUUGUUUACGGGCAUUACAAUAAGAUAGUUUUAUAUUGAACGCCAAGCCUGAAGCACAGCGGGAAUUGAAUUGAGAAAGACGAUUAAUUUUUCUUUCAUUUCUUUUUUUUUUUUUGUUUAGCAUUUCAAGUGAAAAAAUUCUUGAAAAGAGAAACAUGUACUUGAACUCUUUCAGCAGAACUGUUUUGAGUUUAAUAAUAAUAUUAAUUUUAAAUUGCGGAAACUUAGAGGCGCAAAGAACUACUGUGGGCCGUGGUGUACUGAGACGAAAUUAUACCGGUAAAAAACCAGUAGUAAUACAACAUCGAACACCAGACGCGGUCAACUAUUACGAUCAUGAGAAUGGUGCCAAAAUCAUAAAAUCAUCACAUUUUGAAUUGGACUAUACGUUGGGUCGUAAAAUUACUUUCUUUUGCAUGGCGCAAGGUAACCCACGUCCAACCAUAACUUGGUUUAAGGAUGGUGCUGAAUUAUAUCAACAUCGGUUUUUUCAGGUGCAUGAAUCCCAUAUCGAUAGCGAUAUAAUUAAAUCAAAAAUGGAAAUUGAUCCAACCACGCAAAUGGACGCUGGUUAUUACGAAUGUCAAGCUGAUAAUAUUUACGCUAUUGAUCGUCGUGGUUUUCGUACCGACUAUGUUAUGAUUAAUUUUUAG